UGCUUAAACAAGUUCCAUGGACAACAUGUGGAACUGGGAGCAGGGUACACUGGUGAAUGAGCUGAUUCAAGGGCUCGAGUUAGCCAAGCAGUUAAGGUUGCAUCUGGGUACAUCAUCACCUUCUGUUGAAUCCAGGGACUUGUUGGUACGGAAGAUUUUAUCUUCCUAUGAGAGAGCUCUUCUGAUCUUGAAACUGAGACCUCGACAAUAUGUGGCGGAGUCUCGUCUAACGAUCACAAGCAGCCCCCGGUGUGGCGAUUUAGAUAACGAUAACCGGGAUACCGGAGAUGUCUCGAAGAAGAGAAAGAUGAUGGCUGGACGGACGGAGCAGGUGAGAGUGAACUCUGAAAACCUACUGGAGGGUCCUCAUGGUGAUGGCUACAGUUGGAGAAAAUAUGGGCAAAAAGAUAUCUUAGGAGCCAAAUAUCCUAGAAGCUAUUACAGAUGCACACAUCGGAAUACCCAAAACUGCUGGGCAACAAAGCAAGUCCAGAGAUCAGAUGAAGAUCCCACCAUUUUCGAGGUCACGUACAGAGGAAGUCACACAUGUGGAAAUGGAAAUCAUGGAGGAGUUCUACCACCAGCAUCGCCGGAAAAACAAGAACGUAAAUCGAACAACAAUUACCAGCCAUUGCACUCGCAAGAUAUUAUCUUAGAUUUUCCAGCAUGUCUAAGGGUCGAGACCGAGGGCUUAAACGAUAAAGAGAUGGUGCCCUCCUGUUUUCCUUCAACAUCAUUCGGGGGCUUAAAGAACAAGAACCAUAGCUUUUCACCUUCGGGUGUAAUUGAUUACAGCAAUAUCUUCAGCAGCUUUUCUUCGCCUUUCAUGUCUCCUGGUACACCUGAAUUAAGCUAUUUUCCAGCUUCUCAGAUGAACAACUUCGGAGACGUUCUUAAUACACAAUGUUCUGAAUCUGAUCUCACAGAGCUGGUUUCGGCCAACACUUCAGCCACCAAUUCCCCGAUGGUGGACUUGGAUUUCUCGCUUGAUCAUGUGGAGUUCGAUCCGAAUUUCCCGUUUGACACCCAAGGGUUUAUUUCCUAACUCUCUUUUUCACAACCGAAUAAGAGUAACGGUAGAUGUUGAAUUCAGAUUCCACAAUCAGAGUAGCUGGUUGCAUAUGUUCAUGGUGAGCCGUGUUUUGCAGAGAACUAUUGUACAAUACAAAAGCCUCUUUCAAUUCA